ACUCGUGGCCCCACCCCCCACUAUUUAAAUGACGGGGGGCCUCGCCGUCGUCUCUUCACUUUCAAGGCUCAGGCUGAAGAACAUCCUGCACGUGACACGAUGGCAUUCCACCCAGAGUUCGAGCUGGCAGGUCUUCGAGCCGGUCUCCAGGUGUGGAGGGUGGAGUGCAUGGAGCCUGUUCCCGUUCCCGAGAGUCUUCACGGCUCCUUCUACUGCGGGGAUGCAUACAUGGUUCUCAACACCAUCAAAUGCCCAGGGCGCCCCCUGCAGUACCGACUGCACUACUGGCAAGGCGAGGAAUGUUCCCAGGACGAAGCUGGGGCGGCUGCUAUCUUAACGGUCCAGAUGGAUGACUUCCUGCGGGGUGAGCCAGUCCAAUACCGUGAAGUCCAGGGUCACGAAUCCACCGCGUUUGUGGGAUACUUCAAAUCGGGACUAAAGUACUUGGCAGGGGGCGUGGCCUCGGGAUUCCAACACGUGGAGACAAACGACACGGACAUCAGGAGACUGCUGCAGGUCAAAGGGCGACACGUUGUCAGGGCUACCGAAGUCCGCCUCAGCUGGGAGAGUUUUAACAGGGGGGACACCUUCAUACUUGACCUGGGGAAGGAGAUCAUCCAGUGGUCUGGUUGCCAUAGUAACCACUUUGAGAAACUGAAGGCCACUAUGGUGUCCAAGGGUAUCCGUGACAAUGAGCGUUGUGGGCGGGCCUCGUUGCUGAUCUGCGACGACGGCUCGGAACAUGGAAAGAUGAUGGAGGUCCUGGGGGACAAACCCGAGCUUCCGGAAGCCCAAUCGAACGACAUCAAGAUGGACGCCUGCAACAGGAAUCUGGCAAAGCUUUACAAGGUGUCGAAUGCAGAUGGCAACCUGGAUGUGGCCGUGGUGGCCCAACGUAGUCCCUUCUCCCAGAAUGCUUUGCUGUCCAGCGACUGUUUCAUCCUGGACAACGGAAGCAACGGACGCAUUUACGUGUGGAAAGGGAAGGACGCGAACGCGGAGGAGCGCCGUGCUGUCCUCAAGCUUUCCGAGCAGUUUAUCCAUAAAAUGAAUUACCCAACACACACUCAGGUGGAGGUUCUUCCAGAGCACGGGGAGACGCCGCUCUUCACGCAAUUCUUUGAGGACUGGCGCCAUCCCGAUGACGUGGUUGGCAUGGGAACGGCCUACGUGUCCAAUCAAAUCGCCAGGAUUGAAAAGGUCCCGUUUGACGUGGCGUCUCUCCACCAAUCGGAAGCCAUGGCGGCCCAGCACGGGAUGUUUGAUGCGGGAGACGGCGACAAGCAGGUGUGGCGGGUGGAGGGGCAAGACAAAGUGCCAGUGGACUCGUCGGUGGUUGGCCAGUUUUGGGGCGGAGACAGUUACAUCAUUCUCUACCGGUACCAUCACAAAGAGCGAGACGGCAGCAUCAUCUACAUUUGGCAAGGAGCAGAAUCGAGUCAGGACGAGCUCGCCGCCUCGGCCAUUUUGGCACUUCAGCUGGAUGAGGAACUGGGAGGCGGGGCCGUGCAGGUGCGCGUCGUCCAGGGCAAAGAGCCCGCCCACUUUAUGAGCAUGUUUGGGGGCCAGCCAAUGGUGGUCUACAAGGGCGGGACAUCCAGAGGGCGGGGACAAACGCAACCGGCCAGUCUGCGCCUAUUCCAGAUUCGAGCCAACGUCGCCGGGGACUCCCGAGCUGUGGAGGUGAGGGCGUCGUCCUCCAGUUUGAACUCCAGCGACGUCUUCCUGCUGGUGUCAUCUUGGGGAUGCUGGAUGUGGAAAGGUCGCGGCAGCGGCUCGGCUGAAGUCAAAGGGGCCCAACAUCUGGCCCAACUCCUGAGGGAGAAACCUGUCCAGGUGGAUGAAGGAGGGGAGGAAGGGGAUUUCUGGGAAGCGCUGGGCGGCCGCCAGGACUACUGCGAGUCUCCCCGAUGUGAAGCUCAAAUGGAGGCUCAUCCUCCUCGUCUGUUCGCCUGCUCCAACAAGACCGGAACCUUUCUGAUGGAGGAAGUUUCUGGUGAGCUGACCCAGGAAGACCUCGCCCCAGAUGAUGUCAUGCUCUUAGAUGCCUGGGAGCAGGUUUUUGUAUGGAUUGGGAAGGACUCUCAGGCGGACGAGAAAAGGGAUGCGUUUGUUUCAGCUUCGAGGUAUAUCGAGAGCGACCCGGGCAACAGAGACCCGCGUACGCCCGUGGUGACUGUCAAACAGGGAUUCGAACCGCCAACCUUCACGGGCUGGUUCCUGGGCUGGGACCACGGCUACUGGACCACGGACCCCCUUCAGAGAGCCGUGCAGGCGCUGCACGCCUAACCCCGCCCUGCAUCACUUUCUGUUCAACACCUUGAAUAAAUCCUGUCUGCAGAUCUUUUUGUGUGGCCUCAGAUGGGGGGGA